AUGGACCUCUCAGCGCUCACCGAUCUUGCACCGCGAAGGCAACCCCAAACAAAACCCGGCUUUGGCUCUCCGAAAAACGAGACACAUGGAAGUGCAAACCCUACGCACACGGAAGAAUAUCCUUGUUACGAGGAGAAUGGACGACUGUAUCAUGGAUUUCGGCGAGGCAUAUAUAUGUAUCCGUGUGAUGAACUGGAGCGAGAUCGUCUGGAUAUUUUCCACAAGGUAUUUUUAGUGGCUCGUGGGAAUGCGCUACACGAUGUUCCAAUCAGCAAACCAUCUCCGAUUCUGAGUAAUGCUGCGGGAGGGCCGGCAAUAGGCACCGAUCACGGCCCUCGAAUACUGGAUCUUGGCUGUGGAACGGGAAUGUGGGCAGUGGAAAUGGCGUCAAGGUACCCACAUGCGUACGUGUUGGGAAUCGACCUGGCGGCGAUGCAGCCGCACGAGCACCCACCUAAUUGCGACUUUCAGACACCUCGGGAUUAUGAGAGCCCUUGGUUUUUGGGAGAGAAUUCUUGGGAUAUGAUUCAUCUCCAAAUGGGAUGCGGAAGUGUGUCGAAUUGGCCCAAUUUGUAUCAAAAGGUUAUACGACAUCUGCGGCCUGGCAAAGGAUACUUCGAACAGGUGGAAAUCGACUUCGAACCGCGAUGCCACGAUGAGUUCCCAGCCGAUCAGCCGUUGAAUCGGUGGUAUUUGAAUCUGAAGGACGCAACAGAUCAGGCCAAUCGGCCGAUCGCACAUAACCGCAGCACAACGCAUAUGUUGAAGGAGGCAGGGUUCGUGGAUAUAAAGCACUUGAUGUUUGGUCUGCCGCUAAACACAUGGCCGGAUGACAAGUACGAGAAGGAGGUUGGGAAGUGGCAUAAUUUUGCUUUUACGGAUAGCACAUAUGCACUCAUACUCGGGCCCCUCAGCCGUGUAAAAGGUUUUUCUCUUGAACAAAUUGAUUCAUUAGCCCAAGAAGCUCGAGCGCAGGCGUUUGAUAAGCGCCUCCGGGCGUUCAAUCUUCUGCACAUAUAUACAGCCAGGCGGCCAGAAAACCCAGUCCGAUGA